UGUAUGUUUGGGUUUAGUGAGUGUUGCAACAGAAGGAUCUCACCGUUUUUUUUUAAGGUAGCUGAGCUGUUGCAGAUUAAAGGCUUAGUUAUGGCAGAUGAAGUACAAGGAGACAAGAAUACAUUGCCAAGUUCUAAUAGUAAAAAACCCAGGGGAAGACCCAAAUCAUUGUCAAGUUCAAAUAGUAGAAAUACCAGGGGAAGACCCCGGUCAAGAGAGUAUGUAGAUUCUACUGAUGGCAGAGGGAGUCCACACCCAAAGAGAAGGAAACAAGAUGACGCUAGCUCACCAUCACCCAGGUUAUCCUCAUAUUCCAAAGACUGUGAAGUACGUUUAGAUUAUAGGACAUCAGACGACAGAUCUAGAAGAGAGUUGUAUCCAGAGCUUGUAAGAGGCAGUGAGUCUGAGACAGAGUCCCUCCAUCACAAAGGAUCUACAACCAGUAAUUCAGUGUCUGAAGAGUUGAAAAUGGUUUCAGGUGUGAAGUUAGAACAGUCAGCCAUAAGGAAUUCCUCGAAGGAUGCAAGUGAAAAUAUGAUAAACAUUAAAGAGGAAGUUUGGGAAGAUCCUGCAAUAGUCAUUAAAGACGAAGUGUGGGAAGAUCAUGAACUAAGUCACAAUAACUCUAUAGACCCGAGUGUCUAUGGAGCCUCAGGUAGUGCAGACCCAGACAGUCAUGAUGGAGUUAAUAAGGAGCACACAGGCACAUCUAAGGAGUUUAGUGAUCUAGGUGUUCCAGAGCAGGGAUCUCAGGAACUAACAGAAACAGUCGUUGAGGCAUUGGCAGAACCAUCAGACAUGCAGGAGGGGGAAAGCCACAGUCAAGAACUUCUGCAUAGAUGGAGGUCUGCCUUUGUCUGAACAUCUACAGGCACCGCAGAUGGGUCCACUCGAGGCAGGGAAUGUGGAAAGCAGAAGGGCCAUGCCUCAGAGGUGUCAGGAUGAGAGCCUUAAGCAGGAGCACCAAGCAACACAAAGUGUCCAUAUUGUUCCUGUUCUAUUGAUAGGAAAAGCCAUUAAACAGUAUAAAAUCAAGAACUGCAAUGGGAAGAAACACAAACAUAACAAAAUUAUUAGUAAUAGGCUCUUUAAAUUGAAAAACAGGAAAUGAUUGGAAAAUGUAAUCUUCCAUCACUCGUUGUACUUCAGAAAGGUUAAUUUUACACGUUUUACUUUUCCAAGAAGUUGGAGUGAAUCUCUUUCACAUUUUUUUUUUUUUUUUUUUUUUUUUUUUUUUUUUUUUUUUUUUUUUUUUUUAGGAUUAUCAUAUGGGUAAAAAGGUGUUUAUAUAAUGAAACAUAUCAACACAUUAUUGCAGCUUUAUUUCUCUGAACUUUGUAUAUUUCCUUUGUUUUAAGAUGCUCUUCAAAAUUUAGGAGGAUGUAGAUAUAUAUUUAUUUCAAAUAGAAAUGGAAGUACAGUUCUUUUUACAAAUACGGUUGUUUGUAUC